AUGAUUUACGAGGAGUAUCAGGAAGCCUAUCGUAAAUUUACGGACUCCACGAUGGAUUGUUUGUCCACAGAAGACCGGGUACGUAAAUUCUCACACAAAGAUCAUGUUCCCAACCACACUUUCCAGACGUUCCCAGACGCACUGGAAUCAUUCAUGAAAUUGUUUGAGCAGCUGGACAACCGUAUGUCGACGAUUGUACUCAAAGCAUUUAUGUUAAGCAGUACUACUUUAGGGGCGUUUAAACGCCUGGAGGAAUUCUGUAAGAGUGCACCGGAAAAGUGCAAGAUCAACUUAAAUUUGCCACUGCUUCGUCGCAAUCCAACCAACCAGACACUGGAAGUGAACUUUGACGAUCAACUAGUCGAAGUGUUGCGCGAAGUACACUAUUUGCUCAUUCUCAGCGGCGAAACCGAGUGUGCCGAGUCUGCACCGGAAGUUGUGGUGUUUGGAUUACCCGAGAAAAUCAAGGGUAUUUUGCCAGCCGCCACAUUGGAGGUUUAUAAAAAGACCGAACCGUUACGCGAGUCUCGUUUGAAAUUGGCCCAGAUACAGAAUGCCUAUAACGCAGUACGACAACAGACUCUGACCGUAGAAUAUCCUCUGAUUGCCGAUGAGGUUGAUGCAUUCGAUAAGGACUUGGCACCCGCUCUGAAAUCGAUGACUUGGGAAUCAGUUGACUCGAAUUUUAUUGACAACUGCUUGGGAAAGAUUAGUGAGAUUCAAUCUCGUGUGGUCAAAGCACAGGAGAACUUGAAACAACUGGAACAAUUGGUUGGUCAGUGGCGUACAGCUCCACUCUACCAAGGAAAAGAGAGAAAAUAUGACUGCCUAAUUCCACUGGAAGAUCGCGAUCAGCUGCGUGAGGCGCGAUUCCGUGAGGUCGAAGCAGCUGGCAAGAAAAUACAUGAACUGAUGAAGGAAAAUUUGGAGUUGUACAAAGCAGCCGAAAACAGCCCGGAUUGGACUGCUUACCUAGAAGCGGCGGAAGAUAUGAUCCUUGAAGGACUGAUUGAGGCAGUUCGAUGCAGUUUGUUGUAUAUGGCAACACAUACCGAAAAGGGUAAGGUGGAAUCACCUUUAAUGGAAACAAAGCUCAAUUUGGUGGACAAUCAUCUGAUCUAUACCCCCGGAGUGCAAGACAAUCAAGGUGAAAAUCUACUCGAUUUAGUUGACAGUCUUGUUCAAGACAUUACCGAUCAAUCACGUCUCAUUCCAUCGCUUCUCAAUCCACAAAUCAAUCCGCUUGCGCCCAAAGAGGAUACGCCGAAACCAUCGGCGGAAAAUGUUCCCUCUGAACCGGGCACAGACACCGGAGCGGCUGACAGCCAAGACCGUGCAGGUACAUCGAGCAAACAAGCUUCAGAGCAGUCUGCAGAACUAUCGGAACGUUCUUCGGAAGACUCAUACAUGCAGUAUAUUAAAUCAUUGACUGGGUUCUCCCAACAGGUGCUUGUUACAAGCGAAGUUUCCGAACUGAUCAAGAAAGUGAGUGAGCACGUGCGUAUGGCAAUGCGCGCUGCGGCCGAUUUUCAAUCUAAUCUGGAAACAAACUAUUCGGUGUACUGGGCAGAGGAUCGAACAGAAUUUAUCCGUCAGUUCUGUCGUUACGGUCGUUUGCUGACGAAAGAUGAUUUGAGCCCAACCGGUGAAAUUGAAGCUCCCGAGAAUCCACCCACAUUAGAACAGUUUCGUGAACAAAUUCUUAAGUACGAUCGCGUGUAUGAAGAAGUGGAACACAUUGAAGAUACUCAUGUUUUCGACUCGUGGCUACGGGCUGAUCUGAAGCCAUUCAAGCAAUCGUUGCUUGCGGUCAUACGACAAUGGAGUGACAAAUUUAAACAAUAUUUGGUCGAUCAUGUGACAUCAACACUGGAGAACCUAAAAGCAUUCAUUGAGGAUAGUUUAACUGAUAUGGAAAUCAAAGGUGAUGCGGAAAAAGUCGAUUAUGAUAAAUUGGUCACUGUGCUUGAACGGUUGAAAUUGAUUCGUGAAGCUGAGGAUGCCACAGACGCAGGCUUUGAACCCCUUCGAGAAACGGUAGCUUUGCUGAAGGAGUUUGGUGAAGAGUUACCCGAAUCAAUGAACAAACUUCUAGAGACUCUGCCUGACCAGUGGCAUGAACUGAAGAAUGUGGCCGUACUGACCAAACAGAAAAUACAACCACUCCAGGAACGUGAAGUGCAAAAUAUUCGGGCUCGCAGUGCCAAAUACGAUACGGAUUCCGCUACGCUCAAGCGUGAAUUCAGCGAAUCAGAUGUGUUUGUCUUUGACUGUUCCCAUCCGUACGAAAGUUUGGAUGAUUGGAACAGCCGGUUGACGAAGAUCGAGGAAGGUGUGACUGAGAUGCAAACUUCAGCCAAGGCAUUCGAAGUUCGUGACAUACCUACCUAUAUGGAUCUGAAAUCAAUGCGUCGGGAAAUGAAAGUGACCAAACGGGUGUGGGAUUAUAUCAACAUGUUUCGCAGCUAUGUCACUGCUUGGAAAACAUCCAAAUGGAAGGAGAUCGAUUUUGGCGCAAUUGAUGAGGUUAUUCGAGAAAUCUCGAUGGAAAUUCGGUCAAUGGAUAAAGAAGUACGUCAGUGGCCCAUGUUCCAAGGAUUGGAAGCCGAACUCAAAGAUCUGAACGCAUCUGUGACUGCUGUUAGAGAUUUACAGAACCCAGCCGUGAAAGAACGACACUGGAUUGAGUUGAUGACCGACACCGGACGUAUGAUUGAUAUCAAUGAUGAUACCACACUGGCCGAUCUUCUGUCACUCAACUUGCACAAAUUUGAAGACGAGGUUCGUGGUAUCGUGUCGAAAGCCUCGAACGAACAAAAGAUUGAGCGUGAUUUGGAAAAGAUUGAACAAGUGUGGAGUGAAAUGACUUUCGAAUACGACACGCACGAUCGAACUGGUUUAGAAUUGCCAAAACAAACGGAACAAUUGACCACUACGUUGGAAGAGAUUCAAGUCAAAGUACUGGAUAUGCUCGGCAAUCGGGAUAACGCAUUCUCGAUCGAUAAGAUUAAUUAUUGGUACAAAACCUUGUCCACAGCCGAUCAGGUAUUGUCGAUCUGGUUUGAGACACAGCGUGUCUGGUCUGGACUGGAAUCAAUUUUUGUACUCUGCGAUGAUAUCAAAGAACAAUUGCCGAAAGAUACGGCAUUGUUUUUGGAACUAGACGAGGAAUUUCGUGUGCUCAUUGAGGAGAUGAGGAGCAAACCGAAAGUGCUCGAUGCAACCACAGAUCGUCCGGAAUUGUGUGGUGAAAUACAGAAAAUACGUGAUGGGAUGGCCAUUUGUGAGAAAGCGUUAGCGGACUAUUUGGAGACCAAACGACUCUCGUUCCCACGGUUCUAUUUCGUCUCACAAGUCGAUGUGACAGAUAUUGUGAGCAACGGGAAAGUGCCGACCAAAGUAUUGCGACAUCUGUCAAAAUUGUUUGACAGUAUUUGCAGUCUCACAUUCGCCAAACCGAAUGCUGAAAUAAAAACCGCGACAAAGAUGAUUGCCAAAGAUGGUGAAGAAGUCAAAUUUGCUCAGGCAUUCGAUCUGACCGGGCAAGUUGAAGAAUGGUUGAAUGCAUUACUCGCUGAGAUGCGGCAUACGUUGCGCAAGAUCCUGGCCGAGGCGGUUGCUCUAACUGGAUCACAAAUAGGAUGGAAUAGUGAAGUGCAGAUUGCUUUUGCUCGUCUCGAGGAAGGACUGGAGAAUGCCAUGAAAGAGUAUAACAAGAAACAGAUUAGUCAAUUGGGCAUCCUGAUUCAAAUGUUGUUGACCGAUCUCACUGCCGGGGACAGACAAAAAAUCAUGACUUUGUGCACCAUCGAUGUGCAUAAUCGAGAUAUUGUGGGCAAACUGAUUACCCAAAAAGUGGAAAGUUCUCAAGCUUUCACCUGGUUGUCUCAAUUACGACACAGAUGGGACGAUUCGAAGCAGGAUUGUUUUGCAAACAUUUGUGAUGCCCAAUUCGUCUAUGCCUACGAAUAUUUGGGUAACACACCUCGUUUGGUGAUCACCCCGCUCACCGAUCGAUGCUACAUCACACUGACUCAAUCGUUGCAUUUGUGCAUGAGUGGUGCUCCGGCCGGGCCUGCAGGGACGGGGAAGACAGAGACGACCAAAGAUUUGGGUCGAGCUUUGGGUGUCAUGGUGAAAUCGAUUCAAGACGCCAUUCGACUGAAAAAAGAAAAGUUCAAUUUCCUGGGUGAAAUCAUUCCUUUGGAUCCGGCCGUUGGUUUGUUCAUUACAAUGAAUCCCGGCUAUGCGGGACGAACGGAACUGCCGGAAAACUUGAAGGCAUUGUUUAGACCUUGCGCUAUGGUGGUGCCCGAUUUCGAAUUGAUUUGCGAAAUUAUGCUCGUCGCCCAGGGUUUCCUUGAAGCGACCAUAUUAGCCCGAAAAUUCAUCACCCUGUAUCAGUUGUGUAAAGAACUCCUGUCUAAACAGGAUCAUUACGACUGGGGUCUGAGAGCAAUCAAAUCAGUUCUGGUCGUGGCCGGUGCCCUGAAACGUGGCAAUCCCGAGCACAAUGAGGACUCGGUCCUAAUGCGUGCUCUGCGGGAUUUCAAUAUCCCCAAACUGGUCACGGAAGAUAUGGCUGUUUUCCUUGGUCUUAUAUCUGACUUGUUCCCGAAUUUGGAUGCCCCACGAAAACGAAACAUGCAGUUUGAGGCGGAUGUGAAGCGAGCCACCGAAGAACUGGGUCUUCAACCAGAGGAUUCUUUCAUCCUUAAAGUGGUUCAGCUUCAAGAGUUAUUCGAAGUCAGGCAUUCCGUGUUUGUCGUUGGCAAUGCUGGAACGGGAAAGUCACAAGUUUGGAAAACACUACAGCAUACAUUCCGUAUAAAAAAUCAGAAACCAGUUGCUGUUGACCUGGAUCCCAAAGCAGUUACAAACGAUGAAUUAUUUGGAAUCAUCAAUCCGGCUACUCGAGAGUGGAAAGAUGGUCUAUUCUCUGUUGUAAUGCGUGAUCUGGCCAAUAUGACUGGUCCCGAUCCGAAAUGGAUUGUUCUUGAUGGUGAUAUCGAUCCCAUGUGGAUUGAGUCUUUAAACACGGUCAUGGAUGACAACAAAGUACUCACAUUGGCCAGUAACGAGCGAAUCCCGCUCACAACUAGCAUGCGUCUAUUGUUUGAAAUCAGUCACUUGAAAACGGCCACACCGGCCACAGUCUCACGGGCUGGAAUUUUGUACAUUAAUCCCGGAGAUUUGGGUUGGAUUCCUUGGCUCGAUGAACGUGUUCGUCAAAAGAAGACCUUGUCCCGCACUGAACGACCGGCUUUGUCUAUCUGUUUUGACAAAUACGUGGGUCCGUCACUCGAGGUGGUUCGCUCCAAACUCAAACGUGUCACACCAAUCCCUGAUCUGGCUCAUGUGCAAAUGUUGUGCUAUCUGCUCGAAUGCUUGCUGGACGCGCAACGCGAAUCGAAAGACACCAGAGAGUUCACCAAAGAGAAUUACGAAAUGCUGUUCGUGUUCUGCUGUGUUUGGGCGUUUGGUGGGUCCUUAUUCAAAGAUCAGUUGGCCGAUUAUCGGGUGGAAUUCUCCCGUUGGUGGUUGAAUGAAUUCAAGCAAGUCAAGUUCCCGUCCACUGGCGGAGUGUUUGACUUUUUCUGGAGUUUGCAAACACGUAAAUUUGAAAGUUGGAGCACAAGAAUGACUUCUGUCGAACUGGAUCCGGAAGUACCAUUGGAGGCUUCUCUUGUCCCCACGGUUGAGGUAGUUCGUCUCCGUUUCUUCCUCGAUCUGUUAAUCGAGGCUGGACAUCCGGUCAUGCUGAUCGGGACUGCGGGCACAGGCAAAUCGGUGAUCAUGCAAGACAAAUUCAACUCGUUAUCGGAUGAAUACAUUGUGAAGAAUAUCCCGUUCAAUUUCUAUACUACCAGUUUAAUGCUUCAAGAAGUACUGGAUAAGAGUUUGGAGAAGAAAGCUGGAAUAAAUUACGGUCCACCGGGACAGAAGCGAUUAAUCUAUUUUAUUGAUGAUCUGAAUAUGCCUGAAGUUAGUGCCAACAAUUAG